AUGAAAAACAGAGUAGAUUUUAAAAGAAAAAAACCUAAAUCUGUUAAUCCAAGAUCAAUUUUAGUGCUUAUUAAAUAAGAUGCAGAAGUUUUAUAGCAUUCAUAGCUAUUUUCUUAGGAUGAAAUAAUACAUUCUAAAUUUGAUCUUUAGCCAGUGCAUGCAGCUUUGAAACCUUUGGCGAGUAGCAAAAGUUGUAAUAGUUGUACAUUAAUAAGCAGCUAAAAAGUAAGAUAGAGGAAGGAUAGUAAAAAGUUAUCUAUUUUUUUAAAUGAAGAUAUACAGUAAAAUCCUAAAAAAAAUAAAGGUAAGCUAACAUGUAUUAUAAAUUAAGCAGAAAAUAUGUAUGAAAGUUUUCCAAGGGUGCAAAAAAAUAAUAAUUUUUCAAUUCAAACGCAAGCAAGAGGCUAAGAACUGGAGUCUUUUUCUUCAAAAGCAAUAAUUAUAGAAAAUGAUUCUUAAAAUAAAUAGCUUGUUUAACAAAUUAUUUAAGAAGAAUAAGAUGAUACAUCAAUUAAAAGCUAGUAAAAUGAUGAAAAUUUAGAAAUUUAAAAUAAUAAAAAGGAAGAUUAAUUAAUGUUAAAAAAGCAUAAAAUACUCUAUUAAUUUAAUGAAGAAAAACCUAAUUAUCAAGCUUAAGAAGAUUAGAAGACAAGUUAAAAUUUAAUAGAAAUCAAUAAAUAAAAUUCUAACAGUUUUCUUUCCUAAUUAAUAAUUGAUAACUCUUAAAAAGCUUUAUUUGAUUAAGAAACAAUUAAUGAAUAUAACUAAGAAGCAAGCAUUUAAUAUUUUAAUUUAACUAAUUUUGAAAAAGGAAAAGACUAUUUGAUUUACUUUCCCCAUAAUAAUAUAACAAAAGUGCUAACUUAAAUUGAGUAGUUAAGAAGAAAGAAACUAUAAAAAUUCUUAAAAAUAAAAUCUAAAAAAUCUACACCUAAAAAAGUUUGCAAAAUAGAGCUGACUUAGAGAAAAUCUGUAUUCAAAUAACUUAAAGCAGAUAUACUUUCUUUUUAAAGUGAUAAGAACUAAAAUUAGUAAAUUAGAUAAAUAAAUACCAGUAAUUGA